AUGGAGGGAGUGUUCAUUCGAAGUCAUUGUGAUAAAGAAGAUCAAGUCAUGUUUGCCACGGGGCAACUUUUACGAGGGGCUAAAGAUUGGUGGGAUACGUAUAGUAAAGAGAUCGGCGAGGAUAAAGUUCAAACUUUGACUUGGGAUAGGGAAAUUGAGCUAAAGAGACAGGCUGAACGCGAGGAGAAAAGGCAAGUUGAGAAAGGAUCAACACAAGGUUCUUCCAAGAAACCUAAGACACACGAUCAAGGAAAGAAAGACGAUUCUAAAGGAGGGUUUCCUCGAUGUAAAACGUGUGGAAAACCCCAUUCGGGAGAAUGCUUAUUGGGGAAGAAAGGAUGUUACAACCGCGGGCAAGAAGGGCAUCCUUAUUAUAAUUGCCCAAAUCCCAAGAGGGUAUGCUACAACUAUAAUGAAUCGGGCCAUGUGAAGGCUGAAUGCCCAAAACUCAAACAAGGAGUGAAGAAAGAAGGAAGAUACGGCUAA